AUGGGGCACCAUGAAGCGACCAGGUUGAGCGGUGUUGAUUCGCUGUUGACAGUGUCUGACAUUUGCCGUUCGCUUUCGGCUUCUUCUCGAAGUCUGCCCAUACGGGGUGGUCUGGGCGGCCUGAACAACGGGAAGGAGAGCGCUGCGAUGAUCGAGCUGGCGACGGUGUCGAAUGGUGACGUGGCUGAGUCGAUUCGGUCACGGAAGCUUGAGACGACGGAUGCUCCUCUGACUUCUCCUCGUGGAGCACCGGUGACUCAGAGACACGGUGCUGCCACCCCAGUGCAGCAGGCGAUCCCCAUUGCGCUGGAAACGAUGGCGAUGCAGAUUCUGGUAGCCUGUCCUGUGGUCGAGCUGGUAAGGCGCAAGUGCGGAGAUCGCUUCGAAGCCGAGUUCUUCGCUGGGAUGAGCUGGAGUCUCCCUCUGGCAAUUGAGGCCGCGCUGAAUGGGGCUUCUAUUUAG